AUUAUUUUUUUCUUGAAACCCAAAAUGGACAAAUCUGAAAAAAUCGCUUACAUUUCAGUUUUGUCUCUUCUCUCUUUUGCUCUUCUUCUUCUCAUCAUCUUCCUCUUCUUACUAUGCAGAAAAAGACCAAACCGGUCCGACGACGAGUCUCUUCUUCUUGAAGCCAAACCGGCCGGUCAAUCUUACCCUUUAACCGAAUUAGAUUCAGCAACCGACGGAUUUAACCAGAGACGAAUCAUCGGUUCCGGUCGGUUAGGAACGGUUUACGCUGGGAUAAUUCCGGAUCGUAAAAACCUCGUCGCGGUUAAACGAGUACAUCCCGGUUUGGUUUUGAGUAAACCGGGUUUCGGUUUCUCCGCGGUUUUGAAAACGCUUUCUUCUACGCAUCACCAAAACGUCGUCUCGAUCUUAGGGUUCUCAGAAGCUCCCGGAGAAAGAAUCGUCGUAACCGAGUUCAUCGGGGAGGGCAAAAGCUUGAGCGAUCACUUAAACGGAGACGAAUCAGCUGUUGAAUUUUGUUGGAAAACGCGUUUUAAAAUCGCGGCUGGGGCGGCGAGAGGAUUGGAGUAUUUGCACGUAAUCGCGAACCCUAGAAUCGUUCACGGUAGAUUCACGUCGUCGAAUAUACUGAUCGACGUGAAAUCUACGGCUAAGAUUUGCGAUUACGGAUUUGGGUUUUUGAUUCCGGUUGAAAAAUCUGGGAUUUUCGGAUACGUCGAAGAAGGGUAUUGCAAAGAGAGUGAUGUGUAUGGGUACGGCGUCGUUUUAUUGGAGAUUCUGAGUGGGAGAAGAAGUGAGAGUGGGUUGCUUGUGAAAUGGGCAACGCCAUUGAUCAAAGAACAGAGAUUUGGUGAGCUAUUAGAUCCGAGGAUCGUUGUUCAAAGUGAGGUUAAGGGUUUGGUAAUAAGAUUGGCCAAGGUUGCUUUGGCUUGUGUCGGGAACUCACGGAGGAGUCAGCCGUUGAUUUCUCAAGUGGCGGCGAUUUUGAAUAGUUUGGAGAGGGAAGGAGGGUGAUUUUGAUAAUUUUGAAACGUUUCGGGGUUUUAGAAACAAAUAUUGGAAAUUAAAAGGGGUAGAGUUGUUAUUAGUUGGACAUUAACGUAGAUGAUGUUUCUAUUGCCGUGUACAUUAGAUGACUUUUAUGUUUAGGAUUUGGACCAUUUGGUUUCUUAUGAGUUAAUUAAUAUCUUUAAUGAUGUUGUUGGGUGAUUUUUGAACAGUUCAAAAUGUUUUGGGGUUUUAUAGAGAAGAAUGGAAAACUUGAAGGGUUAUUAUAGAAAAUGCUAGUUUACGCUGUGUAUUUUUUUUAUAAUGAUUAUUUUUUUUCCUCGGUUUUAUGAUUGUUUUUAUCAAUAGUUUAUCAUUGAUUUAUAAACUCAGUUUCAUAUAAAUCACACGAUGAUGUUACUCUGAAGUCUGAAUCAGUAUGAUAAACUGUUGAUAUGAAUAAUUUUUGUAUUAA